AUGGUCUCUACUCCAUCUGACCAAGAAACAACACAAUUAAUCAAAUCUUUUUUUGUCAAGGGUAGCCUGCUGAUUUGUUCAGAAGAUAUACAUAACCAACAGAUAUCAAACAAUGAUAACAAUACGAAAUUCAAUGACGACUGGUUUAACUCUGCUGAUGUGUCACCAACUCCUUUGCCAUCUAUAAUUAACCAAUGGUAUACACCGGAAAAUGACAAGACUUUGCCACCAUUGAUUAUUGAAACUUAUUUGGACCUUCGUCAAUUGCCUCAUUCAUACUCUAUUAAAUUGAAAGAUAAUGAUGCUAAUUUGUGGAAUGUCACUAAAGGUAAUAGAAAAACUGAAAUAGUCUUAGAACGUUGGUUAUUAGAACUAGAUGAUACUUCUCCAACAUUUAAAUCAUACAAGGCAUCAGAAGAAGAAGUUUCGGAUAGUGCUAAACAAUUAGUUUUAUUACUACGAUAUUUAUAUACUUUAUUACAAUUGCUACCAGUACAUGAUCUACGAGAUAAUCUUUCGAAACAAGUAAAUGCAACGAAGUCACUGGUUGGCGUCAAGACUAGAAUUGUAGACGGUUCCAAACCAAUUUUAUCAAAGGGUCGUAUUGGGUUAAGCAAACCUAUUAUUACUUCAUAUUCUAACGUCAUUAACGAAUCAAAUAUUCCAAUACAUCUACAACAAAAGAAAAUAACUCCCGUAUGGACUAAAUUUGGUUUAUUACGUGUUUCAGUAUCAUAUAGGAAAGAUUGUCAUUUCAUUGUUCAAGAUUCACAGGAGAAAAUAUUGAAUAAAGAAACUUUUGAUAUAAAUGCAAAGAGAUCUUUAUCUUUAUCACCACGUACUAAGACCCAUUUAGGAAUAUCACCCGAUAGUAAUUUAUCAUCACUUUCUCAAAGAAAGAGAACAUUCUCUGGAUCAAAACCAAUUAUACAACCAUUUAAAGUAGGAUCAUUGAGUAAUGCAACAAGUAGGAACCCUUCCCAUUCUUCUGUUUUACUUCGUCGUACAAGUAUAAGCCCUGCUGCUGCUGCUGGCCCACAUUAUAUACAACAACAGCAACAGCAGCAGCAGCAGCAGCAAGCUUUGCCUCUACCUUUACCAACAUCACAUUUCGAAGGAACAAGUGUUGACAGCACUUCAAAAUAUUCAUCUUCCUUUGGUAAAAUACGUAGACAUUCAAGUCUGAAAAAAUCAUUGGAAAAUAGCAUUUUGAAACGAGAUGAAUCUUCACCAGCCAUUGGGACUAGUGACAAUUCUCAAAAAAACUUAAACUCAUCAGAUGAUUUAUUAGAAUUUGUCAAAUUACUUGAAGAAAAACCUAAAUUGAAUGUUUAUAAAAUUAAAAACAAAAUGAUUAAAAAUGAAGAUAUUUCUAAUUCAUUAAUAAGAUUUCAAAAUUUAAAACCAAAUAAUGAUCUAUUAACUGAAGAUUUAUCUGCCAGUGUAUCAAUGGAUCCAGAAAGAAGACGUAUAUCUGGCACCCAUUCACAAUCUAGGCUGAAUUCACAAUCGAAUUCACCAAACCCCUCAUUGACAUUCCAAGGAUUGUACAACAAGAUCAAUAAUAAUAUCAACAAAGGUUCAUCUCCAAGCCAUCUCUUUAUUAGAAGCAAUUCUAAUGUAUUUAAUAGUAGAGCGAGCUCAUAUGAGCGGAAGCAACAACAACAGCAGCAGCAACAACAACCUACUGCAACAAUUUUACCACCAAUAUAUGGGGAAGAAAGUAUGGUUGGAGAUUUACGAUCAUCAUCAUUACCACCGAAUGAACAAAUUAUGACUAUACAAGAUAACGAUGAUAAUGAUGUUGAAAAAUUCAUGAUAGAAGGGAAUAAUAAUAAUAAUAAUAAUACUAAAUACUAUAAAUCAUUCUUACCACCAAGAUCUAUCGAUAGCAUACCAGAAUUAUAUUCUAGCAAUAGAAUGUCAUUUGGGAAACAACAACAAAAUAAUUACUCUCAACCUACCAUUGAUAAAAACUCUGUUCAAGCUAUUAUGCAUAAACCAAAUAUUCGCUCAACGGAAAUUCUCUCCACUCAUACUAAUAAAAAAAUAGAAGACCUGUUAGAAGAAGAAGAUGAUGGCGAUAACAUUAAUCAUGACAGUAGUACUCCUAAUAAUAUUACAAAUAAUAAUCGUAAUCAUAGUAAUAAUAAUAAUAAUGAUAGCACAAGUAAUAGUAAGGAUGAUGGGCAGGAAGAAGAUGAUGAUUUGUUAUUUUUCAUGAGUGACAUGAACUUAGCUGGCAGCUAG